CUUCCACAAUCCUCCUUCGUUUGUAAUAGGGUAGUAUUUUUUUUAAAUUUUUUUUUUUUUUUUUUUAGAUUUGUGAAUCAAAGCCUUGUUCCAGUCUUCAUAUACUUUUGUGGCUAGUUCUGGGCUCAAGAUCCUCCAUCACUCGCUAUGCGGCUUCAUUAUAUGUUACUGGCCUUCGCGGCGAGCGUUACAGCAGAAAGUACGGCACGACCUAGACGAUCCGACGAGAGCGGGUUAACGCUUAAAUCCAGAAAACACGUCGAUUCCUCCCAGCUGGUAGAGGCAAGGUUCGCUUCUGCUGACGAUGUAUUUGUACCCGGGGGUCCACUACAAUGUAAUCCCACCAGUGACGAGUAUAACGUCAAGGAUUGUAGAAAUUACAUCAAACACCAACAAGAAGAAGUUGAAGAAGCAAAUGACCGUCAGAAGAAAGAUGGUGAUGACGACGACGACGACAAGGAGAAGGGCCACAGUAAGGGGUUUAAAGUAGGAGUUACAAUGGGCUGUUUAUUUGGGCUUUUAUUCCUUCUAACCAUAUGGUAUUUCAUCCGCAUCCGACCUAGGAGGAGGGCGCGGAUCCUAGAGCAGCGCAGGAAAAUGGACGAACUCGGAAGCGGCUAUGAGUUCUCUGCUCCGGGCACACAUCUGCCAACUCGGGCAGCCCAAUCUAUGCCCGGCAGCCAGAACCCGUCCCAUCAGAACGUCCGAUUCCAACCUACGCCUUAUCCGGGCAAUGUGCCGUCCCCAUCGGUAACAGAUUCGUCAAUAUCCGGCCUGGCCCUACCCACUCCGGCCCUUACCUACUCGCCGACUGGCACAUCCACCACCACCGCAUCCCCCUUAUCGCCACUGCCGCUACCGACGGCUCACGCGUCGAGCGACGGGCCUCCCGCGUACACGGCGGUGGCAGCCCUCCAGUCCUCCGAGCCGCAGCACGAAGCGAGCGCGUAUCAGAUGGGCCAGACUCCUAUGCCGAUGGACCCGCCACGGUAUGAUGUGACGGAAACACCGAGGACUGCCCUUAUGGAUAUGAAAGGACAACCCGUGGCUCGAUACUAAAGAAUGAUGUGUAUUAUGGGUAGAAUGCAGAGCGUGUAGGAAAGGCUGUCAGUUAAUUUCUGCGGGCGAGGGGAGUUUUUAAAGUUCCGAAAUCCUAUUAUAGAUAUCCUCUAAUAUCUAGGAGUUUGUUGUUAUUAUUUUUGGGCUGCUAUGUAACUUGUAUUUAGAAAGGAUGUCAAUUUUUAAGGAGCGAGUUACACGGGAGAGUCAUCAAUUUUUUUUCUGGGGUUUUCUAUGUCUGUUGAAAGAGAAAGAGAAACAGAGAAAGGGAGAGAAAAAAAAGCGAUAGUUCUGUUUCUCGCUACAAAAUAAAUGUCUGUAAAAUCCCCUCGAACAUAAUCAUAGCGAUGGAUGGAUGAUACGAUAAUGUCCGUUUCCGCAACUCCCGAUUUGAUUCGAUUUGAUUUGCUGGUUUGAUUGA